ACGGCGGGUUUUCAGGAACGACACAAACGGCAUGGAUACUGAUGAAGACUUGCGGCAGGGAGCAGCGGAGUGGUUGCAGAUUAUCGAAGACGGCGGCCGUCGCAUGCAAGAGGUCGUGGAUACUCUGCUUUCAAGCCAGGGGGGUCGGUUGGGGACUGUAGGGGGGACGGUUUUACUGGCGCCAUGGCUUGAGGAGAAGAUGCAGGCCAUGCUCGAUAUCAUUUGGGAGUUGGAGGAGGGGCCGGCUCCUCCACUCGAUGAGUUUGUGGAUUGGCAUCGAGCUGGCCUGCUUAUGCAUGGGUGCUACGACAUCUUCAGGAGGGGGCAGGAUUGCUACGAUACUCUGGAGGAGAGACUGCUGGGCAGCUCCGACGGAUUGACGCCGACACUGCCUGCGACAACAAUUGAUGAAUUCUGUGACAACAACAGCAGCUACAUCGACAAUGGGUGCAAUGACAAAGACAACAACGACAUCAUUAGUGGCGGCAAUAACGUCCUUAACACCUACAACGUCUGCAUUGAUAAUGAUAACAAUGACAUCAACAAUAGUGGCGGUGGUGGUGAUAACAUCAACAACGACAUCGACAACAACAAGAACAACGACAUCAACAAUGACAACAAUCAGUGUGAAGAUAUUAAUUACAACGAAGAUAUUGAAGAUUUCGAUUACAGCUUUCUUGGGAUGACGAACGAAAACUGUGGAAAUAAAAUCAGCGAUCAGGGCGACGAGGCUAUGGAGGAUAAGGAGAUUGACCGCGGAAGUAGGGGGGCGUUCGGAGCUGCUGUGUGGCAGCGGACGGGCGUGGAGUAGUUCGUGGGGUAGGGAGUUGCCCGGUCCUCAAUUUCACGCACGAAGGGGUGGUGGUGGUCCCUCGGGCAGUAAGGGGUUUGGUUAGGGUUUCCGCCGGCUGCCAGGGUCGCGAUGGAUGAUUGUUACAUUGAGUAGGAUGCGUGGUUUCCAGAUGGCUUAACGAGGACGAUCAGCAGUAGGGAUGGGGUCGCUAAUCUAGGUUCCUGUUCCUGUUCCGCUUCCCCCCAGUGUGAUGAGUUGAAUGGUUCAUGUUUUGACGGAUGGGCGGGGCAGGAUAGGGUAAUGAAAGUACGGUCGAUGAGCAGUUAAUCCCCUCCUCGGAGGGCAAUCAAUGCUGCUCAUCAUC